GCAUACAAGCCUUGAAAUAUAUGUAAGCCGCAUGAAGUCUGCCGGCAAAACGCAUUGUUUAGAUCAAUUUCAGUACAAUGGCCAACAUAGUGCAAUAUAUUGUGGUGCGUAGCGAUUUGCGCAGCACUCUUAACUGGCCACUGGGUGCCGUAAUAGCACAAUGUUGCCAUGCAACGGCUGCUGUGAUGAGCGUCCAUGUCGACGACGAGGAGACGCAAGCCUAUCUCAAAGAUCUAGACAACAUGCACAAAGUGGUGUUGGAAGCCAAGGAUGAGGCGGCGCUGCUAAAGCUCACCGAAAAGCUAAAAGAAAACGAGAUCAAGCACAAGCUCUGGAUUGAACAGCCAGAGAAUAUACCAACCUGCGUGGCCCUUAAGCCCUACAUCAAGGAUGCGGUACACAAAUAUGUAAAGCAUCUAAAGCUAUUAAAGUAAAGAACUUUAGCUAAGAU